UCCCCCAUCCCUGCCAUGUCCCCCCCCCAAGAUCCCUUUGCCCCCUUUACAACAUUCCUGGUCGGGAAAUACGUGGGAAAAGGACACUCAGAUCCUGCUUUUCCCCUUUGGAACCCAACACCCACACCCCAUCCCUGUCCCUGUGCUGCUCUCCUGGGUUUUUUUAGAGUUGGUCCCAGUGCUGGAUUCCCAUCCUUGUGGGGAUCCUUGGGAUCCCUGGCUCUGUUGGGUUUGUUUUCCAGCUGCCUGGAAGACUUUGGAGUGCAGAGCCUGGCCCAGCUAGAGAACCUGUGCAAGCAGCUGUAUGAGACCACGGACACGGCAACGCGGCUGCAGGCGGAGAAAGCCCUGGUGGAGUUCACCAACAGCCCCGACUGCCUGAGCAAGUGCCAGCUGCUCCUCGAGAGAGGCAGUUCCUCCUACUCCCAGUUACUGGCAGCCACCUGCCUUACCAAACUGGUGUCACGCACAAACAACCCCCUGCCGCUGGAGCAGCGAAUAGAUAUCCGGAAUUAUGUGCUCAACUACCUGGCCACGAGGCCGAAGCUGGCGACGUUCGUCACGCAGGCGCUGAUCCAGCUCUAUGCCAGGAUCACCAAGCUGGGCUGGUUCGACUGCCAGAAGGACGAGUACGUCUUCAGGAACGUCAUCACCGACGUCACCAGGUUCCUCCAGGACAGUGUAGAGCACUGCAUCAUAGGAGUGACAAUCCUGUCCCAACUAACGAAUGAGAUUAAUCAAGUAAGUGCUACAGCCUUCCUCAGUGAAGCGGAUACAACCCACCCACUGACCAAGCACAGGAAAAUUGCCUCUUCCUUCCGGGAUUCCUCUUUAUUUGACAUUUUCAACCUGUCCUGCAGUUUACUGAAACAGGCUUCUGGGAAGAACCUGAACCUGAACGAUGAAAGCCAGCAUGGGCUGCUCAUGCAGCUCCUCAAGCUCACCCACAACUGCCUGAACUUUGAUUUCAUUGGCACCUCCACAGAUGAGUCCUCGGAUGAUCUUUGCACUGUGCAGAUCCCAACCAGUUGGAGAUCAGCAUUCUUGGAUUCUUCGACCCUUCAGUUGUUUUUUGAUCUCUAUCAUUCCAUCCCUCCGUCAUUUUCUCCUCUGGUUUUGUCCUGCUUGGUGCAGAUCGCCUCCGUUCGCAGAUCCCUCUUCAACAACGCCGAGCGGGCAAAGUUCUUGUCUCAUCUCGUUGAUGGAGUCAAACGGAUACUGGAAAACCCCCAGAGCUUGUCAGACCCCAACAACUACCACGAGUUCUGCCGAUUGCUGGCGCGGUUGAAAAGCAAUUACCAACUAGGAGAGCUGGUGAAGGUGGAGAACUACCCCGAGGUCAUCCGGCUCAUUGCCAACUUCACCGUGACCAGCCUGCAGCACUGGGAGUUUGCUCCCAACAGUGUUCACUACCUGCUGAGCCUGUGGCAGCGCCUGGCAGCGUCCGUGCCCUACGUGAAGGCCACCGAGCCCCACAUGCUGGAGACCUACACCCCUGAGGUCACCAAAGCCUACAUCACAUCCCGCCUGGAAUCCGUGCACAUCAUCCUCAGGGAUGGUCUGGAGGAUCCCCUGGACGACACUGGGCUGGUGCAGCAGCAGCUGGACCAGCUCUCCACCAUCGGGCGCUGCGAGUACGAGAAGACGUGCGCGCUCCUCGUGCAGCUCUUCGACCAGUCGGCCCAGUCCUACCAGGAGCUGCUGCAGAGUGCCACUGCCAGCCCCAUGGAUGUGGCUGUGCAGGAAGGGCGCCUGACGUGGCUCGUCUACAUAAUCGGGGCGGUCAUUGGUGGGAGGGUGUCGUUCGCCAGCACGGACGAGCAGGAUGCCAUGGAUGGAGAGUUGGUCUGUCGGGUGCUGCAGCUGAUGAACCUGACGGAUUCCCGCCUGGCACAGGCUGGGAAUGAGAAGCUGGAGCUGGCCAUGCUGAGCUUCUUCGAGCAGUUCCGGAAGAUCUAUAUCGGAGAUCAGGUGCAGAAGUCUUCCAAGCUGUACCGGCGGCUCUCCGAGGUGCUGGGGCUGAACGACGAGACCAUGGUCCUGAGCGUGUUCAUCGGGAAAAUCAUCACCAACCUGAAGUACUGGGGUCGGUGUGAGCCCAUCACCUCCAAGACACUGCAGCUGCUCAACGACCUCUCCAUUGGGUACAGCAGUGUGAGGAAGCUGGUGAAGCUGAGCGCUGUGCAGUUCAUGCUGAACAAUCACACGAGUGAGCACUUUUCCUUCCUGGGCAUUAACAAUCAGUCCAACCUGACGGACAUGAGGUGUCGGACGACGUUCUACACUGCACUGGGGCGUCUGCUCAUGGUGGAUUUAGGGGAAGAUGAGGAUCAGUACGAGCAGUUCAUGCUUCCCCUCACUGCUGCCUUUGAGACUGUGGCCCAGAUGUUCAGCACAAACACCUUCAAUGAGCAAGAGGCAAAAAGAACCUUGGUGGGUUUGGUGAGAGAUUUGAGGGGAAUUGCCUUUGCCUUCAAUGCCAAGACCAGCUUCAUGAUGCUCUUUGAGUGGAUUUACCCCUCCUACAUGCCAAUCCUGCAGAGAGCCAUCGAGCUCUGGUACCACGACCCAGCCUGCACCACCCCCGUCCUCAAACUCAUGGCUGAGCUGGUCCAUAACAGAUCCCAGCGGCUGCAGUUUGACGUGUCCUCUCCCAAUGGGAUCCUGCUCUUCCGGGAGACCAGUAAAAUGAUCACGACCUACGGGAAUCGCAUCCUGACGCUGGGGGAGGUCCCAAAGGAUCAGGUCUAUGCCCUGAAGCUCAAGGGCAUCUCCAUCUGCUUCUCCAUGCUGAAGGCAGCGCUGAGCGGGAGCUACGUCAACUUCGGGGUGUUCCGGCUCUACGGGGACGACGCCCUGGACAACGCCCUGCAGACCUUCAUCAAACUCCUGCUCUCCAUCCCCCACAGCGACCUCCUGGAUUAUCCCAAGCUCAGCCAGUCCUACUAUUCCUUGCUGGAAGUUCUUACCCAGGACCACAUGAACUUUAUAGCCAGUCUGGAGCCCCAUGUAAUCAUGUAUAUUCUCUCUUCCAUUUCAGAAGGUCUCACUGCACUAGACACCAUGGUGUGCACGGGCUGCUGCUCCUGCCUGGACCACAUUGUCACUUAUCUCUUCAAGCAACUGUCCCGCAGCACCAAGAAGAGAACGACCCCCCUGACCCAGGAGAGCGACCGCUUCCUGCACAUCAUGCAGCAGCACCCCGAGAUGAUCCAGCAGAUGCUCUCGACAGUGCUGAACAUCAUCAUCUUCGAGGACUGCAGGAACCAGUGGUCCAUGUCCAGGCCCCUGCUCGGCCUCAUCCUGCUCAACGAGAAGUAUUUCUCUGACCUGAGGAACAGCAUAGUGAACAGCCAGCCCCCGGAGAAGCAGCAGGCCAUGCACCUCUGCUUCGAGAACCUCAUGGAGGGCAUCGAACGCAACCUGCUGACCAAGAACAGGGACAGGUUCACCCAGAACCUGUCGGCGUUCCGGAGGGAGGUGAACGACUCCAUGAAGAACUCGACCUACGGCGUGAACAGCAACGACAUGAUGAGCUGACACCUCCCACCUCCAGCUGUACAGAGCAGCAUCUCCUUGGCCUGGCCCAGAGGGGUUUCUGAUGGAAAGAAAAGAGGCCCUUCCUAAAUCCCUGCCCUUCCCCAGGGCUGGAUUGUGGAUCCCACGUCCCCGAGGGUGGAAGGGGGGCAGGAGGUUUGAGCUCACCUGGGCAGGCGCUUCUGUUUUCCGUGGGGGGAAAAAGCAAAACGAAACACAAAACAACACAAAAACAAACAAACAAAAAAAAAGGGGGUGGAAGGGCAUAAUCCAGGUGCAAGAAUCCGACGUCUCCCUCCCCGGAUGUGGAAACGCCAGCGCUCUGCUGCAGCCUGCCUUGUAUAAACAUGUACAUUUUUUCAUAACAUUUUGAACAAGGUUUAUAUUGACUCGAGUUUAAAAAAAAAAAAAAGGACAAAAAAAAAAAAAAGGAAAAAAAAAAAGAAAAACACACACACACAGAGAAAAAAAAAAAAAAACAGACACAAACAGAACAACAACAAUGAAAAAAAUACAGUGUGAUUGAAAUUUUUACAGAGUCCUGGUGCACCGGUGCUGGCGUGAGGGUUGUGUAUGAGAGUGAGGAAAGCGUGGCCUGAAGCUUUACUGGGCGAGGGGGUGGCUGUGUGAAAGUGCAGAGAUCUAUUUAGUGACAGUAGAGAGAAGCAGGAAAAAAAAAAAAAAAAAAAAAAUAAAAUAAAAAAAACCACAACAAAACCCGACAAAAAAAAAAAAAAAAAAAGGCAUUGUAAAAUUCCAAAAUGUAUAUUUUUUCUUAUUAAGCCCCCCUCGAAAAUCACAAUUUUCCCGGUACCGUCUCGCCCUUGUUAUUAGGAACUCGAAGCCAUGGCGUGACCCUCCGUUCGUGCUUGCUCGUGGGUGUCUCUCCUGUCCCCCCCCCCUUUGGAGCAGUAGCCCCUGUCCCCUCCCAGGGCCCUCCCCUCCUCCUGCAGUUCUGUUUUUUAUCCCUUUCCCCCCCACAGUUGGAGCAGGAGCUCACAGCAGCACAGGGGAGGCUUCUUAAUAACAAGGUUUGCCCAGCAUGAAGUAUUGAACACCCCUGGGGAACGAGUCCAGUUCUUUUCUAAGUCACCACGAUAAAUGUUUUGGAUAUAAAUUGAUAUGAGAAUUGACUUAGCAGAGGAAAGCUGAUGGGGGAGGGAACCUGUUUGCCUUGUAUUUUCCCACUAUUGUUGCUGCUAGUCGUGUGCAUCCUCUUGCUCAGCUCUACCCACAGACACUCGGUCCUUAGGGCUUCAGUUUCUCUUCCCAGACACCACCUACUCUUUAAUUUUAUUUUCCUUCUUCUCCUCCCCUCUCCCUUUUUUUUUUUUUUUUGUUUGUUUUGGGGUUUUUUUUCUUUUUUUUUUUUUUUUUUUAAAUAUUUUGUUUUCUUUCCUCUGGCGAUUGUGUGUUGGGUCCUUUUUCGCGUGAGCAGAUGCUGGUUGACUUGUCAGGGUGUUUGCUGCAAACAGUGUAAGCAUUGUGACUGCAAAAUAAAACUUCAAUGGUUUCUACUGA